UCGACUUUUUCCGAGUAAUUCCAAUCUAUCCCUAUUAUGCUUUUACAUUGAAAUAAACAGGCCAGUGCAUCGGGCAGGAACGCUUGAAUCGCACUGUAUUGAGUUGCUUCAUAUGGAUUGUAUCGAGAACGAGAUGCACCAGGAAGCAAGCUCAUCUGCAAACGCCCCGAGAAGGAGAUUCCUAGCCUCAGGUGGGCAGGCACUAGCGGAUUCCAUGAAGAAAUCAAUUGCCGCAUCCGCUUCCAAACCUACAGAUGGAAAGCCACCCUCCAUCUACAAAGUCCCACAAAGAAUCCGGCAAGUAAACGAGGACGCCUACGAGCCCCAGAUCGUCUCGAUCGGCCCAUACCAUAACGGCAAGGAGAGGGUACAAGGCAUGGAAGAGCAUAAAUGGAUGUAUCUACAUUCGUUCCUCUCCCGCAAUCCCAACCAUCGGUUGGAGGACUACCUCGAGGCGAUUGAAGAAUUGGAGGAUGAAGCUCGAAGUUGCUACUCCGAGAAAGUGGGCCCCCAGAUGGGCAACGAGUUUGUGAAAAUGAUGAUGCUUGAUGGUUGCUUCAUUGUCGAGUUCUUUCUCAAGUGCAAUGAGCUCAGGCUCAAGCAAAAAGAAGAACUCGAUCAAAAAGAGAAGGCGGUCAAGCCAAAAGAGAAAGAGCUCAAGCAAAAAGACACGGAGCUCAAUCCUAUAGAGGAGGAACUCAGUCUUCUUUCUGCGUUUAGUACGUUCUCCAAAGACGCAAUAUUUAAUACGACUGGGAUGGUGUCUCUUAUAGGGUAUGAUAUGCUCCUACUCGAAAAUCAAAUUCCUUUCUAUCAUCUGCUCCAUUUGUUCCACUCGUAUUUGAUUACUCAGUGGCCCCGCUGGUCGACUCGAUUUCCACGGUCAUCGCCUCCACGGUACAAUAAUACGGUCGACUCCAUUCAUAACGAUGGGAAUAAAAUAUUCCAAUCUCCACCGUCGCCGAUUCGAUUUCCAUGGUCAUCGCCUCCACCGUGGUCACCGUCUCCACCGCACAAUAAUACGGUCGACUCCAUUCAUAACGAUGGGAAUAAAAUAUUCCAAUCUCCACCGUGGUCACCGUCUCCACCGUGGUCACCGUCUCCACCGCACAAUAAUACGGUCGACUCGCAUGUGAUACCUAGUGAGGAGUCCAUUCCACGCAACCCCAACAAGUGGAAGAAACUGCUCAUGUUCUUGCGCUCGAGAGGUUUCUUCCCAAGUUCAAAUAAGCCCCAGUUGCCCAUUAGUAACAAUCCAUCUCCACCGUUGGCACCCAAGAUAAUCCCUUGUGCGGCUGACCUCCAUCUUGCAGGGAUCAAGUUCAAGAAGAAAGAGAAGUAUAGAAGCAUCUUGGAUGUGAAAUUUAGUAAUGGGGUGUUGGAAAUCCCUCUGUUGGUGAUUGAUGACUACACCAAUACUCUCUUUCGGAACCUCUUAGCUUUCGAACAAUGCUACCCAAAUGCUAAAAUUCGCUUCACGAUUUACCUUUCCUUCAUGGAUUGCCUUAUCGACACGUCUAAAGGUGUGGCCCUGCUCCAUCGAAAGAGGAUCAUAGAUCAUUUGCUGGGAAGAGAUGAGGAUGUGGCCACCCUAUUUAACCAGCUUCGCGUUGGUACCAUGGAUACCUACGAUGAUAAUUACCUUUCGACUCUAUACAAGGAUGUGGAAACACAUUACAACACCCGAUGGAACAAGUGGUGGGCGAGCUUGAGGCGCGAUUAUUUCACCAAUCCACGGUCCGGCCUUUCUUCAAUAGCGGCCGUGAUCCUCAUCCUGGUCACCAUCACCCAAACGUUCUUCACCGUCUUUCCAUAUUACUGACCCCGCGGUCCUGGUUCUUGAUGA